CAGAAUUCAACUUGUUUCUUUUUUGCUCUUUUAAAUAAGAGAGAUUCGUCAAGAACAUUUCCCGCUCAAAUUCUAGUUUGAUCAAUCGAUCGAGGAUUUUACAUCUCUCAGUAAACUUUGGUAGAUUUCUCUACAAUCCGAGUGGAUUGAUUUCAGAAUCUGAUCAAGGACAGAGCACGAAAUUUGAAACCUGAAGUUGUGUGAAGAUAUAUUAUGAAACUGAUGACUAAUACCAGAGGAUGAGAUGAGAUGCAAUGCGUGCUGGCGAGAACUAGAAGGGCGAGCUAUUUCCACUACUUGCGGUCACCUGUUGUGCACUGAAGAUGCCAGCAAGAUCCUCAAUAAUGAUGCAGCAUGUCCCAUUUGUGAUAAAGUGCUCUCUAAGAGGCAAGAGUUUUUUAAUAGUGAGCUUGGUAUUUGGAAUGCCUUUUGGGGUUUGCUUUUUUGGAAGUUCAUUGCUCACAUUCACACAUGUUGUCGACAUAGAUAAAUGGACUCUAUUUUUUCUGUCUUGGUCAUUUCCAGGUGACAAUACACUGCAGAUCUCCUUGUCAUAUACUAGGGUGCUGCUCUAUGAAUUAAUAUGCCUGUCAUUAUUAUUAAACUUCUAAGUUGGGCAACUUGUUUAUGCUGUUUAUUGCUUCCAAUAGCAUUUCUUUUUCAAAUUUUAUUACCCUAAUGUGUUUUUCCCUUUGUCAGCCAUAUGAAACCUGUGGAUAUCAAUCCAAAUGAUGAAUGGAUAAAUACGGCCAUGGCUGGAGUUUCUCCACAGAUAUUGAUGAAGAGUGCAUACAGAAGUGUAAUGUUCUACUUGGGACAAAAGGAACUUGAAAUGCAAUUCAAGAUGAAUAGAGUUGUAGCUCAAUGCCGGCAGAAAUGUGAGGCCAUGCAAGAAAAAUUCACAGAAAAGCUGGAGCAGAUACAUACUGCAUAUCAAAAAAUGGGAAAGAGAUGUCAGAUGAUGGAACAAGAGAUUGAGAAUUUGACAAAGGAUAAGCAGGAACUUCAGGAAAAAUUUUCUGAGAAAUCCAGACAGAAGAGAAAACUAGAUGAAAUGUAUGAUCAAUUGAGAAGCGAAUAUGAGUCAAUGAAACGAUCAGCAAUCCAACCUGUAAACAACCUUUUCCCGAGAAAUGAGCCUAAUUUGUUCUCAAACCCUGCAGCUAAUGUGAUGGAAAGCAGAGAUCAUAUUCGAAAAGAUUGGUUUGUUUUCUCUCCUGGAACUCCAGGGCCUCGGGAGGACAUAUGGCCAGCAAGGCAGAAUAGUUCAAAUUCUGGUCCCUUCGACAUCUCCAAUGGCUCACCGGCAAAACAAGCAGCUAUUCCAGUUGAUGCCAUGAACAGUAGAGCAGGUGGUCACUCUGUUUUCGGUGCUUCUGCAGCUGCUGCUAACCCCUCAAUGACACUGAGGAAUUUGAUACUCUCCCCAAUGAAGAGGCCUCAGCUCUCUCGUAAUCGCACUCAAAUGUUCACGUAAGUUCCACAGUGGAUUUGAUUAUGCUAAA